AUGUACUACCGCUGCUCAUGCUCCAGUGGCCGCGAUGCGCAGAGUGUCCAGCAAGAGUAUCAGUCGACCAAGAUCAGGACGGAUUCCAUCCCUGGCACCAAUGUUAAGAAGGUCGGCAGGUCCGUUCGCGCGGAUCUAGAGGCGAUGAUCUCGGGCUACAACCCCGAUGUGUACGACCGUCGCCUGACGCGGGAGCGGUACGACAACCUCACCGCAGCCGCACGCGAGAAAGCGGAGGUGUUCUCGCAGCUGCUACCUGCGAGGGCGACGUGUGCCGUCGUGGGCUCGAGCAGCACGCUGCUCAAGGUGGAGCGGGGGCGGGAGAUUGACCGCGCCGAUGUGGUGAUCCGGAUAAACAGCGCCCCACUCGAGCCGAUGUUCGCCGCCUUCACGGGCUCGCGCGAGACCCUGCGCGUGAGUACAUACAGCGGGGAAGGCUCCGUGUGCGACCAAGCCGCAAGGGAGGGGCGCGCAUGCCUGUAUUACUGCCACACCGCUUGGUUGGGCGGAUGCUGGUUGCAAGCCCGCGUCGACGGCGUGCCACGCCUCUCGCCGCGCUUCGUCGUGCAGGUCGCUCGGCGGGUAUUUACGUACGGCUUCGGCAUCGACACUGGCUUCAGCAACUGCACGCACUACUACAACGUACCACUGCGUGCCUCUCCCUCAACCACGGUCCUCCGGCGGCAGGACCUCGCCAUGCAAGCGGCGUGCGUCUACCCGAAGCGCUACUCGAUGCGCGUGCGCAACUCGCACGCGACGCACGCCGACUACCUCAACACAUACUGGCACGACCUGAAGAUCGAGGGCGCCUUCUUCGUACGGUACAACAGACAGGGGGGGUAG